AUGCUAUCCACCAAAAUUCCCAUUCGGACAGAUGUGAAAGAGGUGCUUGAGUACAUUGGUUUCAAGCCUGAGGCUGCGGAAGACAUAUCUCAGCGCUGGCGUCUGCCACCAGAAGGCCCAUGGGAUCCUAUGGACACUGCCCACCAUCUAGUGGAUGAAUUGGAAUCGCCACGUUAUGCUGGUUUGAAGCUCAGAGAUGCGAUGAGCCGUGUUGGAUUGAAGGACGAAGUGGCAGCGCCAAUCCUUGACCCUGAGUUUCGUGACUUACUGGAUACCCAAGGCUUAUGUUUCUGGAUCAAGGAUACCCUUGAUACCAACUAUGAAACCCUUCUGUGUCGUCAAAAGCUUUUGAAAAGGCACGCCAACAAGGUCAUGGCGCAAAAAAGCCGAAGAGAGCGAGACGGCUUGGAAAAGACUUCUCGGCAAGGUAAACAAUCAUCAGCCACCAUCAAUUUGAGGAUGGAGGACUUCAAACUCCCAGCCGCCCAUGUCUCGGUCAUAGAAGGGGAUCCACAGCCCGUCUUACCCGAUCACGUUGUUCUCUACCGAGGGAUGGCCUAUUGUCAUCAUUACCCGAAUGACCAAAUUGUCAAGAAUGAUGGGAGUAUCCAAUUGCUCAAGGCGCAUAAUCGGCGGUAUAAUGGGGAUUUCAAUGAAGGCCGCAGUGGCUACUACUGGGCGGAAGAGAAGAAGACGGCCGAACGAUAUCGUAAAUGGGCCGCUCUUCGGUGUCCCACAAGUGAUACUUGCAUCAUUCAGAUCCAGGUGCGCAGGACCUUUUUGGACCAGCUGGUAUGUUUUACAGCCUCGCCUUUCAACACAUGGAAGGACUUUGUUUGGAACUUGAGAAACUACGGACGCUACGGGGAACUGCCAGAUCAUCUCAAGGAAGUGAAGAAUGCAGAUCUCAUCAAGGGCUAUACAUAUACAGGCAGAUCAAGAAUAAAGGGGAAAAGUCUUACAAAGCUAACGAGCGACAAUUUGCUACGCUGUCCUUCCACCGGUCGACCAGCCAUACAGUGGAUGUUUACCUUGUCCGGCUGGCCUGCGAUCGACCGACUAAACGCUGAAGUUCGUGGAAAUGUCCACCUUGAUCUCUUUGCGGCCACGAAGCUCGCUGCAGAAUGA